AUGCUUCGUUCAAGGUCUAUCGCUUUCGUCAAGUCUUUAAGCAUACCUAAACGUUCAUUUGCUUCAGCGGCGUCUCCGAUCACCGAACCUUAUAGUGGAAAGAAAAAUGCAAACGGUAAUUAUACCGUUACACUUAUACCCGGUGAUGGCAUUGGUCCGGAAAUUUCGGAAUCAGUUCAACGAAUAUAUCAAGCAGCUGGAGUUCCAAUUGAAUGGGAACCAGUAAAUGUCACUCCCGUUUUAAAAAAAGGAAAAACAACAAUUCCUGAUGAUGCUUUACAGUCAGUAAGAAAGAAUACCAUUGCUUUAAAGGGUCCUUUGGCCACUCCCGUUGGAAAGGGUCAUGUUUCCCUUAACCUUACUCUUCGUCGUGCGUUUAAUCUAUUUGCCAACGUUCGACCAUGUAAAUCCGUUGUUGGAUAUAAAACACCAUAUGAUGAUGUAAAUACGGUCUUGAUUCGUGAAAAUACGGAAGGGGAAUACUCUGGAAUUGAACAUACUGUUAUAGAAGGUGUUGUUCAAUCAAUCAAAUUGAUUACCAAAGAAGCAUCUGAGAGAUGUGCUUACUAUGCCUUUAACCAUUCAAGAGACAUUGGGCGAAAUCGAGUUACCGCUAUACACAAAGCAAAUAUCAUGAAAUUAUCGGAUGGCCUUUUCUUGGAAGCUUGUUACAAUGUGGCAAAGAAGUUCCCCGAUAUACACUUUGAUGAUGUGUUAUUGGAUCGGGCAUGCCUUCAUAUUGUUCAAGAUCCUGCUCGUUAUUCGGAUACAGUCAUGGUUAUGCCUAAUUUAUACGGGGACAUUCUUUCGGAUAUGUGUGCAGGAUUGAUCGGAGGACUUGGAUUGACACCAUCAGGAAACAUAGGCCGUGAUGCUUCGAUUUUUGAAGCUGAAUUUAACGAUCAAGAUUAUUCACCACUUAAAACCUUUAUAGAUUUAGCGAACCCCACAGCGCUCCUAUUAUCUUCCAUUAUGAUGCUUCGUCAUAUGCACUUAAAUCCUUACGCUGAAUCUAUUGAAAAUGCCGUUUUAAAAACAAUUGCCGAAGGGAAACACCUUACGCGUGAUCUUGGUGGACAGGCAACGAACACAGAAUUUACCAACCAAAUUAUUAAUAAUUUAAAUUAA